AUGGAGUAUGUCGUAGAACUUCCAUUCAACGCGGAAAAUCCUGAAUUCGGAGACACUCUGCAUGGAGCUCUUAAGCGCUUCAAAUCGGUAGAGCGACGUCUACAACAAAGUGAGCAGCUGCGGACACAGUACGUAUACUUCAUGAGGGAGUAUAUCAACCUGGGGCACAUGAGUGAGGUGCCGCCAGAGGACCAUGCUGCUGGAAAUCAAUUCUAUCUUCCCCACCACCCGGUGCUCGGCCGAAAGCUGCGAGUGGUUUUUAAUGGAUCCUUUCGCGACGCUAAUGGUAAGGCGUUAAAUGACACUCUUUUCACAGGGCCCAGUAUCCAGCAUGAUCUUUUUGCUGUGUGCCUACGCUUUCAGAUGUACAAGUAUGCAUUCUCAGCGGACAUCGUUAAAAUCUUCCGCCAAAUAUGGGUCAACGAAAUGCACAGAAGUUACCAGAAAAUCGUUUGGAGAGAAGAUCCAUCCGAUCCGAUCAAGCAUUUCCAACUGUGCACUGUAACUUACGGAACAUCAUGUGCACCAUUCCUGGCGGUACGAGUUCUCGAACAACUUGAUCCACAUGAUCCACAUCGGGAUAAAUACCCUACCGCUUCAAAAAUCCUACUGGAGGAUUUUUAUGUCGAUGACGUUCUUACUGGGUCAAACAGUGUGGAUGAGCUACUUUAUAACCGAAACGAAUAG